AUGGCCGCCGCUUCACUCCGCUCCGCCCUCCUCUCCCCGGCCGCCGCCCUCCGCCGCCUCUCGCCCGCCCCGCGCGCACCCCUUUUCGCCCAGCCAAAGAGAUUCGAUGGGGUCCGCCGGUUCUUCCCUGCCGCCGCCUCCAUGUCGACGUCGUCGGGGACGAAGGAGGCGCCGGACAAUAACCCGGGACUCCAGGCCAAGAUUAACCCCCCCCCCCCCCCCCCCCCCACCAAGGGCUACUUCAUGCAGCAGACAAUGUUCUGCGUGAAGGACCCAAAAGUGAGCUUCGACUUCUACUCGCGUGUGAUGGGCAUGUCGUUGUUGAAAAGGUUGGAUUUUCCCGAUAUGAAGUUCAGCUUGUAUUUUCUUGGUUAUGAGGAUUUGUCCGCAGCCCCUGCUGAUCCUGUCAAGCGGACUGUCAAGCGGACUGAAUGGACGUUUGGGCAAAAAGCUACCAUCGAGCUCACUCACAAUCUAAACUCAUUUUAUGAUCGUGAAUUCAAAGGCUACCAUAAUGGGAACUCAGAUCCUCGUGGUUUCGGCCAUAUAGGGGUAACAGUGGAUGAUGUCUAUAAGGCAUGUGAGCACUUCGAACGUCUUGGGGUAGAGUUUGUGAAAAAACCAGAUGACGGUAAAUUUAUUCGCCUAAUAUUUUACAUCACUUUCAACUAUAUUCAGAUCGUUGGCCUGAUUGCAAAGCAGGAAACAAAUGGAAUGGAAAUUCCUCUUCUGUCAUUAAAGAGGAUUGACGAGCGGCAGACCUCUGUCCCAUCGCGUGGCCAUCACAAACGGAGCUGGAGGGAGCAGCGGCCGACCUUGCCACGCCCCUGCCUUUGCCGGAGACCAUCCUAUCGCUGCGAGCUCCGCUAA